GUUCAGUUCUUAAAUGUCUUUGUUCUUUUUUACGUAAAAAUAUGACCAUAAUAUUAAAUAUAGUAAGAUUUUGGUGCACAUUCCUCCUGCAUACACCUUUGCCCCAGUGCUUUGGACUUGUUUGACCGUUAGGCACACUGACAGCGCGACAAACCCACCGUGACCACUGAAACUCGGUGUUUUCUUUACCCACUCGUCAUAUAUGUUCGCCUAAAUGCACCGCUCACGACGCUGUAACCGAGCGAGUCCCGGGCGGGUUGGGGUUUGAGGGCUGCCGGGGUGAGGGAACAGCCUCUUCCCGCGGCGCUGCUCGUCCGUCAAAGGUAGCAUUGUGUCCGGUCUGGCAUCCGCUGGGGGCUGCUGCGGACAGGACGGAGGGAUUCACAUAAGCCGAGCGGUCAGCCUAGGCUCCCGUUUGGGCUGGAACUGCAGGAUACAGACAGGGAUACGACGUGGUGGGAAAUUAAAUUCAUAGAGACAUCAACUAAGGUCGUUGACGGGCCGGCUCCGGCCCUGCCGUCAUGUUUGGCCCCAUCCGACCUCAGACUCCGCGGAAGCCGCUGCGUCUCUAACCGCGCCCGCAUGGAGCUCCUGGGUUUUUUUUAGCCCCGCAGCAAAACCGAGCCUCCGCGUCGCCCCGGUCCGUGCAUGAGAAAACACGCAGGUGUCUGUUAUAAUCUGCUGCCAUGGCAACGCUGUGCAGAUGCCCUGCGAAAUCAUAAGUCUGUUGCUAUGGUGACUCUGUAGCAAGCAGCUGUCACUAUGGGAACAUCCAGGAUGUUCCGCAUUUUUGUGGUUCUGGGCUCGGCUUUCAUGAUCCUCCUAAUCAUCAUCUACUGGGACGAUGUGGGAGCCGCCCACCUCUACCUGCACACCCCGGUGUCCCCGGGCCCCAAGGUCCCCCACCCGCCGCCCCAGCCGAGGCCCCACACCACCCGGACCCCGUCCUUCCUGUCCGACAUCGACGCUUUCGUCAACCAGUUCCUGGAGCCCGGAACCGGGGAGCCCACGGACACGGUGCCGGUGGACUCCAGCAACCAGUCGGAGAAGUCAGAGGAGCGCUACGUCCCCCGGAGGGAGUGGAAGAUUCACCUGACGCCUGUUGCCGCGGAGCUACGGGAGAGACAGGAAAAGAGGCGAAGGUUACUCCAGGAGGUCUGCGCCAACGACAGCGUGGCGUUUCCGGGCAAAAACCGUUCGUUUGAUGACAUUCCUAACAAAGAGUUGGAUCAUCUCAUUGUGGAUGACAGACACGGCAUUAUCUACUGCUACGUUCCCAAGGUAGCGUGCAGCAACUGGAAGCGCAUCAUGAUCGUCCUCAGCGAGAGCCUGCAGCAGGACGGCGCUCCUCAGAGAGACCCUCUGGCCAUCCCCAGGGACCUGGUCCACAACAGCAGCAUGCACUUUACCUUCAACAAGUUCUGGAAGCGCUACGGCAAGUUUGCAAAGCACCUCAUGAAGGUGAAGCUGAAGAAGUACACAAAGUUCCUGUUCGUGCGGGACCCGUUUGUGCGUCUCAUCUCCGCCUACAGGAACAAAUUCGAGAUGCGCAACGAGGACUUCUACCGGCGCUUUGCACAAGUUAUGCUGCGCCGUUACGCCAACCAGCCCACGCCUCCCGCCUCCGUGGACGAGGCCUUCGCUCUGGGUAACCGCCCGUCCUUCUCCCACUUCACCCAGUACCUCCUGGACCCGCAGACCGAGAAGGACAUGCCCUUCAACGAGCACUGGCGGCAGGUGUACCGCCUCUGCCACCCGUGCCAGAUCCAGUACGACUUCGUGGGCCACCUGGAAACGGCGGAGGAGGACGCCGAGCACCUGCUGCGCCUGCUGCGGGUGGACAACGUGGUGGAGUUCCCCACCUCGCAGAGGAACCUCACAGCGAGCAGCUGGGAGACGGACUGGUUCGGUCCGGUGCCUGUGGAGGCACGCCGGCAGCUCUACAAGCUCUACGAGCCCGACUUCCGGCUUUUUGGUUACGACAGGCCAGAGUCCAUCCUCAAUGAGUGAUUCAAAUGUAGUUUUUAAAAUCACAAGAGCGGGCGCCGCACCCCCAACGGCCAGCAAGAGGCGUCUCACACACACACACACACACACACACACCUUCUCCUGUUGUGUCUUUGCUGGACUGACAUGGACACAUGAUUAGAAACACUCAUGGAGUCAUUUCUGCCUCAUUAAGUCACAGAAGAAGCAUGCAGUUACAUUCAGAUGUGUGUCCCUCUGCCCUCUUUAGGGACUUUAACCUCCAUGUUUUUUAUGUGAUGCCAUCUGUGCCCACUUUUGUGACUAAAUUCACAUACUUUGGUAGCAAAAUGAUGCACAGAGACCGUUUUGGUUGUGAUUGCACGCUUUGGACAAUUAGAUUAUGUUUUUGUGUUGCUAGAUUAUCUUAAAUUAUCACUGCACUAUCAGUAGUUAGCUGGUUUAUUUCACAUUGUUUAAAGUGCAAUGUUUUUAAGCAUGAAAGGGAUUUUAUGUUGAAGUAAGUCAUUUUUUAACAUUUUUUUUUACCUCGUAUUCACAGUUUAAGAGUAUUGAACCGGACUGAUUAAUUUAUAUCGGCUAUACAAGGUUCUGCGAGCUAAAUAUGUCCUGGAGAUGAAGUACCGCUGCUGGCAUCUGGCUAGUUUUAAAGCCAGUUGCCACAACGAAGCCUCAGCAUAAGGAAGCUCAGCGGCAGGCAGCUGGUGACCUGGGUUUGUCUCGGCUUGUUUCAGACAUAUUCUUACGGUUGCUAAUGCACAGAUGUGCCUCUGCUUGUUUCUCAAAAAUCUUUUUCCAAGGGAAAUCUCUCGCUUGUGUCUUUGCCUUUUGUUUUUCUUUCAGACAGGUCUGGGUUAACUCACGCCGUCGUGAUUUUACGACCUUAAACAAACCAUCUCGCUAGAAUAUUCAUAACAAUUGCUUGUAAGUUUACUUCCCUUGGUAAAGUAGUAUUUUAUAGUAUCAUGUAGAUUAAACUUGUAGGAUUUUAUGUUCCAUCCUAUUUCCAUUGACUUUGGUUUUAUACUUUCUACUUGAGCUGUUUCACUCCCUGAUUAAACCAAAAUGACUCUGAGGACGCUCUAAGCUUUAUUAGAGCCACUUAAACACAGCGGAUCAUGAAUACAAUGUAGUGACUUUUAGAAGAUUAUACAAAAGUACAUGUGAAAGUGGGUACAGAAUGAGAAAAGUGCAGUUAAGAGAUUCUUAAGGUAUGAAAACGUUGAGUAAAAAUGUCAGUAUUAUGAUACUAACACAAAAUAAGAACAAAAACUAAGCACAGGAUCUCUUUGAUUUCACAGAAUAUGGCAUAUUUAUUAUUACACUUUCACUUAUGCUGCCUGUAAUGUAGGUGAAAAAGUAGCAAAAAUCUACACAGAAAUCCAACUGCUGAAUUUAGCUGUGCUCGUUGCUCACACCUUCCCUUUUUUAGCAGUCAGUCAGUCGUCUUUAAACAGCACUACCUUUAGUUUCACACCAGGAAUGGAUGUAUUUUCCCAACCAAAGCAAAGGAGAAGUGUGGUUGCCCUGUUUCAGCCUCCUGACCGGCAGGGAGCGGCGAUGCCUUGGUCUUGAAGUCAAACUGUGGAAGAAAGCCCUGGUGGUUAACACCGAUAACAGAGUUUACGUCAAAGCAAAUCGAAUGACAGAUAACGUCAUUUUCACAUCGUUAAUCUCAACAUUUUCUUUUUAAAAAAAAUGCAACGUGAGCUACUUUUAUUUCAAAUACAUGUGCUUAAUAACGCUUAACAAAGAAGAUGGAGGGCUACCUUUAGUUUCCGUCUUUUUGUAACCAAUGGGAAGGUGUUGUAGCGUUCGUUCAGCCAGCUGACCAGCAGUGUGCAGCAGCAUGUGUGGUCGGGGCAGUGGGGCAUUACUUUAUGCUCGAAGUGCUUUCUCUGAGAAGGACUUUAAGACAUAGAAACGUUCUGUUGGUUUUUAGAUUGUAACUUUUUAAAAGCUUCAUAUUGGUAGCAAACCAAACAUAAACACUACGGUAAGGGGAAAAGGAGAACAACAAAAAUGGAGAACGAACGAAGCACCCGUUACUGAUACUGAGCUUUCCUGCAGACUGCAACUACAUGCUGUCAUUUGCCCCUAAACAUGAUAUCCACAGGUUGCUUCUGCAUUUAUUAUGCUGUGCAUUGCAUUGUUUUUGUAGCAUUACUUUGAGCUUUGAUGAACUCCUGCACAGCUGAAAGCUGGUUCAACGUGAAUAGUGUUAGUUAAAAGGAGAUAGGUAAGGCUGGAGUUAUGGUCUUAAUGAAUCGAUGGCUUUAGGUGAUGAAAGUGAGGAAAAGACAGUGCCUUUGGUUGCUAAAAGUUUACACAGCUUAAAAAAGAAAGUAUUUUUAUAGGACUUAAUUUUUACAAAAAUCACAUACUCACAAAAAGAAAUAUUUGAUAUACUGCGUGUUGACUUCAACUGUAUUUAGGGACCAAAAGAAAAACAAAGCCUUUCGGCUGAACUGUUAACGUGGGACUUUGCUAUAAAUCUCUGCGUUUGUUUGGAUUCUCCUUCAUUGUGCUGGUGUUCAUAGUGUCACACUCCAUGCUGGAUGUCGCUGUUGUUCCCACUCUUCAUUCAUGCGUCAGACACAGACGUAUUGGUGUUUAAUGUUUUUUUUUAAUCUCUGAACCUUAUGCUGAAUUUUUUACGGGGGUUGUGGGGGAGGUUUUGUCUUCAUCUUGUGGCCAUAUGCUGAGUGUGGAUUUAGUCCACCUCUGCUGUGUUUGUACUUUAAGUCCUGUUGUAUUUCCAUGCCUUUGGUUUUCU